GUAAAGCUUCGAAUCUUUUACGGUAGGUGAUAUCCUUUUUGUAUUUAUUACACUGUAAAACAUCCUUAUGUUUUUCUUCAAAUAGGUUUGUUAACAAAAAUACGAAUAACAAUUAAAAAAAAGAUUGGAUUUAACUGGGGGAAAUUAAAGAACCUGGAACUAAUCAGGCCUCAAGAAUAAAGCAAUGCAACAUUUAAUAGACAAAUCAUAUGAUUUUAGGUUGUCUUUGUUACUAGCAAGUAGAAACACGUGCUUCAAUAUGAUUAAAGGUACAGCAAGCAUUACUUGGAUACAGGCUCACAUUCGGCAUGCAUUUUAAAUGUCAAGCGAUGUUUUUUCAUAGUUUUCAACGAUUAAUUUGGGUUUCUUGUUAGCGUCUUUGAGCCAGAUGACAUCUUGAAGAAAGUGCGCGAGACAAAGAUAACUAACGUUAGGCUAAAUCUAUUGUUUACAGUCUAUGGGCUAAAUGUUUAUUUUAACCGUUUUAACAUGAUUAAUUGGCAGUAUUGUAAGUCGAAUUUAACACCAUAACGUUAACUUUGUGAUUAUUUUAUAGCUAACGUUUAAUACUGACAAAUUACUGUUUACGUAUGAACUAGCUAGCUACGUUUUCAGAUGUGGAAAUGGUGUUCGGCAUAGUACCACAAGUCCAUACAGCUUUGUGGUUAGCUAGCUAGUCCUGGAGGUAUUUUACCAGUGCAUUACGGUAUUUAUGCAACUUCCAGGGCGGACGUAUACGUAACUGUACUGCACUGCAAGCACACAUGCCGGUUAAGGGUUGAACAAACCUUUAAACAGUUGUUUAUGUUAGCGACAGCGUAGAAAGAUGGCCGCGUGUGCCUUUGCUUUAAAGCUUUUACCGUUGGUAGUGACAGGAAGGUUUUGCAGCAGCAGAGCGUCUUAUCCCGCACGCUCAGCUGUCCGUGCGUUCUCGCGCACUGUCACUCGUUCCCAACUACACAGAGUGGAGGGGACCGGGGCUUUGACAGGCAAAGUGGACCGAUUCGGUGGAGUGACAGUGAACCUGGCUGACAUCGGUUUACCGGCGGACAUCAGCGAAAGCUCAUUCAGCAGAUUGCUUCAAGAUUCCUUGGCCCGGUGGAAAACAGAGGGGAAAGUUGCAGUGUGGCUUCAAGUACCUAUCUCACUGAGUCGAUGUGUCGCUGCUGCCUCUACUCACGGCUUCACCUUCCAUCACGCCAAACACGACCACGCUGUGUUGGCCCUCUGGUUGGGGGAAGGGGAAAGCAGACUGCCGGGGUCUGCAACUCACCAAAUUGGAGUAGCAGGUGCAGUUGUUGAUGAAUCCAAUGGAAAGGUUCUCGUGGUCCAAGACAGAAACAAGACAAAGAAUGCUUGGAAGUUUCCCGGUGGCUUGUCUGAUCCAGGAGAAAAUAUUGGUGCCACUGCCGUUCGUGAAGUCUUUGAGGAAACCGGCGUUCACGCUGAAUUCAGAUCUCUGCUCAGCAUCCGGCAGCAGCACAACCACCCCGGCGCCUUCGGCAUGUCGGACAUGUACAUGAUCUGCCGACUCGGCCCUCUCACCUACGACAUUAACUUCUGUACUCGGGAGUGUCUGCGCUGCGAGUGGCUGGACCUCGCCGAGCUGGCCAAGACCGACGACACCACGCCCAUCACGUCUCGUGUAGCCAGGCUUCUGCUUCACGGCCUGGAGCACGGCUUCAACAAGAUCGACCUCAGCAUGGAGGAGCUUCCCGCUGUCUACUCAGGGAGGUUUUACCAGCUGUAUCACAGGCAGCUUCCCCCAACACUAAAAUCCUAGCAAGCCAUCAUUAACCAAGCAUAUCAUGGAUUGCUAUUUUGACACAUGGUUGUCAGUAUUACUCAUAUUUGAAGUGUAUUUAGGACUGGAAUUAUGUUUGCUGUGUGUUUUUUCACACUAGCUGUUACAUUUGAAGAAAUGCGGCGCAAUAGGCUGCGAACUACAUGAACAAGAGAUAUGCCACUGCGGUGCCUGCAGGACUGUAGAGUUUUAUACAGUGUAUUUAACACUUUUUGGUGGCCAUGUUGGAAGUCCAUAUCUGUUGGGCAAACGGGCUGCCAGCAGCUGAUUUCAUUUUUAAAUUCUGCUGUAUUUUUAACUAGGAAUACUUCAGGUUGUGUUAACAAGCAGAGUGACUAACAGUAGUAGCUGAACAUACACGGGCAGAAUUCAGCGUUAGUGGCCAGUAUUAUUGGCUGCCUUGCUGAAUUGGCGUACUGACAGGUAAAAAAAAGUAAAAAUCAUCUUUUUGUUCAAGUUAACUGAUUUUCCCUUAUUGAACUAGACAUGAUUGGCAACAAUUAUCUGGUAUUAAUACAUGUAUAAAUGAUGCUCCAGUGCCAUGCUAUGUGGCCUUUUUGCACAAAUCUCAAACUUAUAAUUACAAAAGGGGAUCGCAGUUUUAUCAAAAACAAUGGCAAGCUCAGGAAACCUGUUCUGUAUCCAUUAAUCAUGUAAAGAUGGUAAGUAAUGUAAAAGAAUUUGAAUAAACUAUAUUUAGUGCUUGGGUUUU